AAGGCCCUCGCUUGACUUCUAAUAUCCGCUUCCGCUCCCCUCUCUCCUCCCCUGAAACCCCACCCUUGCAUGGGAAAGCGAUUCCCGGCCGCCGCCCUAGCCGCCGCUUUCCGCCCCUACUCCCGCUCCGGUCCCGGCUCCGCCGCCGCAACCGCCGCCAACAAGGCAUCGAAGCCGCCCACCGCCCCGCUGGAUACUCCCAGGAACGCCGGCGCCGGCGCCGGGGCCAGCUCCGGCCGCGCCGAGGUGCGGGAGGUGGCGGCGGCGUGCGGGAUGCAGGAGGACGAGCGGGUGCCGCUCUCGGAGAUGGUGCUGGACUGCACGAGGCGCUGGUUCCAGGACGCGCUCAAGGAGGCGCGCGCCGGCGACGCCGCCAUGCAGGUGCUCGUCGGCCAGAUGUACCGCAGCGGAUACGGCGUCAACAAGAACGAGCAGAAGUCUCGAAUUUGGAUGGAGAAAGCAUCGAGAUAUCGAUCUACAGUCUGGAAAGUUAGCAAUAAACGUCCAGGAUAUAAUGCUAGUGACUCAGACACAGAUGAUGCUAAUGAAACAGGCAAAUAAUGGAUAUAUCCGUGCUAAUGAUAUUACUGGGAGGGGCCUGUAGUGACUACAAAACAAGCAAGGGGACACAAACUAUUCAAAUAUGCACUUGUAUCAUGAGAAUUGUUCUGGGCAUGUUUAGUUAGCAUGUACGAUGGCCCAUUUUCUCCUUUUUGAAGUGUGUUAUAUCUGCUUAUCAUCACAAAUGUGAAAUUCCCAAGGAUGUGUUUUCACUGGAUAUAUAGCGCAUGCAGAGGAUAUUUGACUUUUUUUUUAUCUUGCA